UGUGGGUCUUCUGUUGCUCAGGGCACAGGAGAUCGGGCUGUGGGUUCAAGUCAGGGUGCCAGCGAGCAAGCAAGUCUUGAGUGUGACCGGGAGAAGCACAGGAGGAAGAGAUGCUGCCGUGCGCCCUGAGCGUCCUUCUGGCGACCCUCGUGGCCGGAGCCCCGGACGCCGCGCCCCCCUGCGAGUCCGAGAUGAACAAGAUCAAGGACCUGCUCCAGGUGAGCUGCGUGGGGAAGGGGCUGAGCAGCGUCCCCGCCGGGCUGCCCAAGGACACGGGCAUCUUGCUGCUGGGCUCCAACCGCCUGAGCCGCGUCUCGCUGGCCUCCUUCCAGCACCUGAGCGCUUUGGUGGAGCUCGACCUGUCCAACAACAGCCUGACCGCCCUGGACACCGGCGGCGCCUCGCUGCCCGGCCUCCAGCAGCUCGACCUGUCAGUCAACGGGCUGAAGAGCCUGCCCGCUUUCCAGGGGAUGCCCGCGCUGAAGCGCCUGGCCCUGGUGCACAACGCGCUCUCGCAGCUGCCCGCGGGAGGAUUCCGCGCCCUGCGCAAUCUGGAUGAUCUGGAGCUGGAGGGCAAUGGGAUCCGGGAUCUGCCCGAGGGAGCCUUCGAGGGGCUGGAGAAGCUGAAGGACGUGGACCUGGCCGACAACCUGCUGGAGGAGCUGCCCCGGGAGCUGCUGGCCGGGCUGGGCAACCUCGAGAUCCUGCGCCUGGAGAGGAACCGGCUGAAGAGGGUGCCCGACGGCUUCUUCCCCGAGAACUACUUCGCCUACCUUUACCUGGCGGAGAACCCCUGGGUGUGCGACUGCGAGCUGGUCUACCUGCGUGACUACAUCCUGGAGUACGAGACCAGCGUGUAUACUCGCGUUCAAGGCCCCGGGAAGGAGAUCACCGAGAACAAGCCCGAGAGCGUGGAGUGCCAGGCGCCCGCUUCCGAGAAGGGGCGCCCCGUCAUGCACUUCCAGGCGCACUGCGAGGGGCCCGCGGGAGACAGCGACGGGGGCGAAGAGGGCACCUGGGGGGAGAGCCCCACGCCAUUAUCCACUGAGCCCCACGCCAUUAUCCACACGACACUGCCCUCCACGAGUGUCCGCACCACACCUUCCACCGCUCCUCCGACCACGAGUGUCCGCACCACACCCUCCACCGCUCCUCCGACCACGAGUGUCCGCACCACACCCUCCACCGCUCCUCCAACCACGAGUGUCCGCACCACACCCUCCACCGCUCCUCCAACCACGAGUGUCCGCACCACACCCUCCACCGCUCCUCCGACCACGAGUGUCCGCACCACACCCUCCACCGCUGCCCCGACCACGAGUGUCCGCAGCACACCCUCCACCGCCGCGCUAGCCACGAGUGUCCGCUCUCUUCUUUUCCUUUCUUCUGUCUUUCUUUUAUUUUAUUUUUAGAUGAUAUAGCUGUUUUAUUUGAGCGUUUUAUAAAAAAUAUAUAUACUUUGUAAUGGGUAUGAACUGUUGUAUAUUUUGGAAUAAUCCUCUUUUAUAAAGCCAUCCAGGUUGGUGGCCUUCCCUGCCUCCAGUGGCAGGGAGUUCCAUAGCUUAAAUCUGCAGUGCGUGAAAAAGGAUUUUGUCUGCCCGGCAGCUUCCAGCAUUCAGCUUCAGGGCAUGACCAUGAGUUCCAGUGGGAGAAAAACAUUUCUCUAGCUACUUUAUCAAUCCAGGCGAUGCAUUAUUUUUAUAAACUUCUAGCUUGCAGCCAGAAAAAGGGGUCAGAGGAAGUCACCCCCACUGCUUCAGAUGCCUCCCUGUGAGAUUCUUCAUCUCAGUCAUAGGUUUGAGCCCCACAUUGGGUAAAAAAGGUUUCUGCAUUGCAAGGGGGGAGGUUGGACUAGAUGACUCUUGUGACUACUUCCAGCUCAACAAUUCUAGGAUUCUAUAAACCCAGUGGUCUCUGACCAUUUGAGAAUUAACCUGUGUUUUUUAGCGGGGUCCAGCCCAGUUCUUGAACAAGACUAGAUA